UGCAUUCCCUAGAUAGAGUCAAGUUUGCACGAGUGAAGAAGAUGUUUUAAUUCCGGGCAAAAGCGUACGUACGUACUUAAUUAUCAUGUUUUCCAUAUCCCGAUGAUUAGCAGGCCAAGUAUUACUAGUCCAACGAAGUGGUAGCCAAACCCUAAUUGAAUGAAUGGUAAAUGUCUGGUUCAGAGACAGCAAGGAUGGACGGCCUGGUUAGCUCCCUAUUUCAAUCAAUCGAUGCCAGGUCGGUCGAUCGCAAUAAUAUCGCCGGCGCUCCACCCUCAACCUAAUCCCCGUUUAAUCAGUCCAAGAGGAGGUAUUGCACUUCGUUUUUUUGGUCAUUAUAUAUAGCUCAGAGGAAACCCUCACAUUGUCAUCAAAGGCAUACAUAUUACAAACAUACAUACAUACAUACAGCACACACUGAGCAGCUACGUGACUUGUGUCAAAGGUGCAUACAACAUUGGUUUUAGAUUGUGAUCGUCAGAGAGAGCUAAUUGGAGAAAAUGCAGAAGUUUACGAGUACUUCAGUUGUGGUUGUCUUGGGUGUAAUUUCUGCGGUUUUUAUACAAUGCGUGGCGGCACAAACAGUACAUGUUGUGGGAGAUAGCUUGGGUUGGAGCAUUCCACCAGAUGGUGCUGUGGCAUAUGACAAUUGGGCUGCCAUUAGGAAGUUCGUGGUCAGUGAUAUUCUAACUUUCAACUUCGCCACAAGUGAGCAUGACGUCCUUCAUAUCCCAAAAGAGUCCUAUGAUUCCUGCAGUUUAGCCAACCCCAUUGGCGAGACUCUCACCAGAGGCCCUGUCAACAUAACCCUCUCAAAUGCUGGCAACGUAUACUAUAUUUGCAUCUUCCACCAGCAUUGGCAAUCAGGCCACAAGUUAGUCAUUUUCGUCUCGGGCUCUUUAGAUGCUACCCCCCCUACAAACAAUACUCCACCUUCAACCCAAACUCCUCCUAGAAGUACUAGGCGUAGGCGGCGGAGCACUCAGAACAUCCCAACCCGUCAGGCAGCCAGUGAGCAAUCCACCGGCCCAACGUACGGCUCAGAUGCUACGCGCGGAUUCUUCAUCAUCUGGGGUCUUUGCUAGUUUCUUUAUCACAUUAUUUCCCAUUGUCAUGGGUUUCCUAUUGUAAUAAAUUAAGAAGAGGAGAAUUUUAUUCUAAAUUGAUGAUUAAGCUGUUUCGAUCGAGUUCAGGGCAACGUUAUGGUUUUCUUUUGUUUUAAACUUUUAUGUGAUCGAUUGUAAUUCUUGUAAGUGUGGUUGAGGUUAGAAGCAGAACUAUUUAAUAUAAUUUUUGAGCACAUGAUGAAUAAAGGGAUCCUUUGAUGUUUUUUUUUUUUUUUUGGUUACUUUUUUGUUUUUAGUUGAGAUAAAAGGCAAAACUUAUGGGAAUAUAAAUCUACAAUAGGGGUGUCAAAUCGUGUUAACGGGUUGUAUUCGUGUCGUAU